AUGAAUUACCUCCCUUCCACCUCGACGGCCCACUCUCCCGCACAACAAGCUCGGAACAAGAAGAUCAGCGAGCGUCGAAGGCACCUCGCUGGUGGUGGGGCCGACGUUCCCUCUCGGCUCCAGACACGGACGAGCAGCGGCCACCACACGCCGAUCGACCCGACGGGGCCAGGCUGGACACCAUCAACGGAACGUGAGUAGCACGACGUGUCGUUGCAUCCAUGACGUAUGUUUCAUGCAUCGAAUCUGUGUUCGACCACCUCCCUCGGGCCCGGGAGGGUGGAUCAAUCCACGAACCACGGGGGCUCGGGGCCGGGCCUCGGGCUCGCCGUUGGCCGAUAGGCUCAGGCCCAGCUCGUCUGACGGCGCCACCGCCGCACACCGGGCUCUCGCGUGAAAGGGCGGAUCGGCAUGGGGCGCUUGACCUGAAGCGAGCUCGAGCCACGAGGGGUAUCCCUGAGUCGGCCCUCGAUGAUCGCGAUCAAUGACGUUCUGCAUGACAUGGACCCCACGAUCAUCCCCGGUCCUAUCUUUUCGAUGUACAUACUUGGCCGUCGCUGAUUAUUCCAUCCUCCUUCAACUACUGCCAACGUCCACGCCCACAGUACUGGAUCUCGAUUUGUCCUCGCCUUCCUCUUCGGAUUUUGAACACAUCAGCGCGUCCGAGCUCGCGGAUGGGCCGACACUGGAGAUGUCGUCGCCAGCAUCGCUUGGGCCGCAUUUAUCAACGGCGUCCCCGCAAGCGGCCUCUCCCUUCCUCGAACCGAGGGACUCCAGAGGAACAAGAGACGGAGCCUGGUUACCGAUCUCGGCAGUGCCGACCCAAGAUCGCAACACCGGUUUGCGCACUGGGGACGUUGCCGACGCUGACGACUCAGAAUUUUCGCCUCAUGAAGAUGAGCGCCGAGGGCGCGGGCGGGGUCGUACCAAACGCCGAGAAGACGAUCCCACCAUCAGGACGACACUGAUAGAGGAUGCUCUUAGGUCUAGGUGGGUCGCAUUGGGCGUACCGACCUGAAGCGAGGUCGACUGUUCCUGAUCGCCGUGUGCUCGUGGUUUCCUCCCCCCUCCUCUUCCCCUCAAGUCUCGCGACUCUGCUCAGCCUCGCUGCGCCAUACCAAUCACUUUCCCCGGCCAUGUCACAUGUCUCACUCACAUCGUUAGCGUUUCAGUCUUCUUCGGCGACUCCGAAUGAAGCCCUGAGAUCUCCCCAAAGAUCCUUUGUCAACUCCGCGGGCGUCACCUCGGUCUUUGCGGGGCAGCCCCGACCGUCUCCUUUUGCUUUCGCUUUGGACGACGCCUUUGGUGAAGUCGACGACGAUGACGACGAUCUGGCCUCUUCUAUCGCAUCGAUGAGAUCCCAAGAUUCCAAGCACAGCAUGCCCGGGCGCGAGGCCGAAAGAUAUCAAUCACCAAGCGGGGAAGCGAUCGAGUUAAGCUCGUUGUCGUCCGACGAGGGUACCGAGCUGGCGCCUCGCACGGCAGCACAGACGACAUCCGGUAGCGCCCCCGCUUUACCCACUGCCACUCGAGGGCACGAAGCGGAUACACGAAGAGAGCAAACCCAGGACUUGACUCAAAGUCGCCGAGAUUCAACACUUCCCUCCGCGGUCACCGAUCCCGAUUUCUCACCGAUCAGGUCGAGGCCGCUACAGCUUGGUCCUGCGCCCGGUAGUCCACCGGCUCCGUCGAAUCGAGGACGAAGACGAGGCAACCGACGUGGUUCGGCUUCGCCUCUUCCUGCAUCGGUCGAGGAACGACGACGGGCCAGAGCCGCUCGAGGAUCUGCUGAAGGUCUAGAAGGAUCAAUCGGGAAUGGUGAGUCGCCUUGGAAUAUCGGUAAACCCCCACCAGCAAAAUAAGCUGACGCGAGAAUCUAUCUUUAAAUAGCUCGGGUUCAUCGUGAAAGUACCAGAGGGACGAGAUCGCCGAGACCGCCUGCGGCCAGCUUUCGUCAACCCGGAGUGGGCAUGGCUUCAGUUAGGGGUCUCGAUCUCGACACUUCGGCGCGAGCAUCAGAGUGCACGCCAGACCGUCGGCCAACGCCUCUCACUUCGGCUGCGAUGGACGACUGGGACGCCAAAACGACCCAAGACUCGAUCUCGUCGUCUCUCGUCGUCUCGGAACCGUUUUUGCCCUCGUCGGCACCGACGCUCGACCUGUCUUCUUCGGCCGAAGAAUCGCCUUGUCGGAGGACCACGGAUGCCACUGGCAAAGGGUUUUCGUCGACUUCGGGUGGUUCUCGUGAAAGGCGGAUGACGCAACAAUCGGGCGGCUGGUAUGGUUUUCUUGGGCGCUCGGUGGAGCUCAAGGUGUGGCAGGUCGUUGGGCUUUGUGGACUGCUACUGGGUGUUGGGGUAGGGAUCGCGUGAGCCCUGUUCGUUCGGGGCCCGAGUAGGUGUGCGCUCAUGUUGAUGCUUCUUGGCGCCCCUGAUCUCCAGACCAUACCUCCGAAGUCCUGGUCGACUGGGAAACAAACUCCUGACGAUCGCAUGGUGA